AUGGAUGAAACUGCCCGACUUACCGUUGCCUUGAGCAGAGCCAAUUGCAUCCUCUCUGUGUGCCGCGAAGAGUUGACUGCAUGCAACCGUCAGCUCCGGCAGCUGAGAGAUGAGGGCGAUAGUUCCGAUCCAUCAUUCGAUCGGAGACAUCGACAGCUCCAAUCCAAGAGAGAUGCUCUUCGCAUCGAAACGCAUCAGCUCAUCACAGAAGUCAACCGUUCCAGACACAAACUCGAGAAGCAUGUCGCUGAAAGCCACCGCGAGAGGGUGAGUCUUAGUAGGUACAGUUAAGAAAGCAAGCCAGCAAGCAGGAAACAACGUAGAGUGCACCGGGAGCUUGGAGAGAAACAUUGAGAAAAUUCCUCAGGAACUGCGCCUGCCAUUCUCAAGAAACUUAACAGAAAACGGCGGCGUGAAGUUCCCUAGAUAGCGUGUGUAACAUAGUAACACCAGUCUGGCCUCUCCAAGUUUACCCUGCUUUCUGAACCGAUGACCGCGCGCUGGCCUAUUCUUUUGAGAUCUUGCGUUGCAAACUCCUGUGCCUAAACUGACGCGGUUUUAGGGCUCUGGAUCCUCGCUGCAGGGGCGGCAGCCUCAGCUCGCACCGGUGAACAACGAUAACGUUACGCGAGCCGGAGCUCAGCCUCAGGUGCAGCCGGAAAUGCGGUCAACUCUUGAAGAAGGGAAAGACAUCGAUCCGAAGCCGGAAAAUGUGGUGAGACUUUAAGUUUUUACUUUUUAUUCGAAAAGUCAAAAGGUCACUGAAUGCGCCUCAUCCAUUACGCUAAAAACAAAAAAUGCGCCUCAUCUAUCAAAAAAAAAAACUAGGUAGUUUUGAAGUAUAGUUUAAAAAAAGUUCCGCUCACAAAUCGUAAAAAUUAUAACAAAAAUGCGCCUCAUCCAUUACGCUAAAAAUGAUGAAAAAUGGUGCACAAAAGUCGAUGAAAUGGCGCAAAAAGGCAGCAAAAGGGCAGCCUUUUUCGGCCUUCGCAAUUUUGCAUAUCUAGAAAUUUUUCGAUGUUCCGAUAUUUUUUAAUUCAAAAAUGUUGUAAGCGGAGUAAUUGAAAGUUAUACGAUGCAUUCCUUUGAAUACAAAUGAUGGGAAAUUAAAACAUUAUCUGUUUAUUGGACCCAAGAAAACAUUUCACGAGACAAUGGCACACAAAAAUCUUUGUUUUCAGCUGGUUCAAAGAAACCCAAAAGUGCCACGCGAUCUAGCAAACCUUCAACUGCAAGUUUAAAUUAAUUUCAAAAAUUGCAGGACAUGGACAUCCCGGAGCAGGGCAGCGGACGCUCGGAUGCCGAAAACAAUGCAUCGACGAAGUGA